GUCUGAGAUUGCCACUUCAUAAGCAGAUUACAUUUAACACCAUUCCGACACUGAGUCAACAAAAAUAUUCAUCAACUGUGAUUCUGGUAGUUGGCAUAGAAACAAAAAUAUGAAAGUUGUGAUAUUGUUGGUGAUUCUUUUCGGUAGUGGCUCGUGUAACUGGGAAGAUUUGUUCAAAGAGGCUUUGAAAGACGUGGGAACAUUUCCCUCACCAUGUCAGAAAGCUAUGUUGAGGAUGUUGGGAGACCUCAUACCGCCGAAAUUGGACGAUUUGUGGGCGUUGAAAAUGAUAGAUUCCGCUUCAAAAUUCCCAUCCGGGCUAUUAACCGGAAAUUUCGGGAAUAUGGGAAACUUCAAAGAAUGCUUGGAUAUCGUAUCGAAAGAUGGAAGCAUUAAGGGCAAAUACUGCUCAAAGUCUGGAUUACCCUCAAGCCUUACAGAUGGGAUUACCGACAAAACCUUGAACAAAAUCACUUUGUUUCAGGGGAAAAUGUCUCAACCGAUCGUACAGGCCAAAACCGGUUUGGGUUUCCCAAUCGCCGUAUGUCUCCCACACCAGUGCUCUACGGAAGAAAUCAACAAAAUGAUAAAAAUAUUCGAGUGGUCCUCUUUUCAAUGUAUUACCAAAGAGGACAUAGAGAGACCUCUAUCUACAGGAGCUAUCAUUUUCAUCGUAAUCAUUUCAUUGAUUGGGUUACUCAUGCUAGCAUCGACUUCGUAUGAUUUGUAUUGCCGACAUAUCGAAAAAAAGCCAAUACCUUUACUACUCGCCUACUCAGUAUACACAAAUGGCAAGAAAAUAUUGGAAACGAAACCUUCUGAACUGUCAUGCGUCAACGGGAUAAAGGUGUUCAGUAUGAUCUGGGUUGUGUAUGGACACACUUUUUGUGCACUAUGUAUGAGUCCGUUGGUAAACUUUUUUGAUGCUGUGUCAUACAUAAACAGCUUGAAAGGAAUGGUGGUACAUGCCGGAGUGUUCGCAGUCGACACAUUUUUCUGUUUGUCAGGCUUGCUUUUAACAUAUACUACCAUGAAAGCCUUGCAUAAAACGAACAAAUUUAAUAUUCUUACGUUUUACCUGCACAGAUACAUGAGAUUGACACCUGCUUUGAUCAUACUCGUCUUCAGUACUGUAACCAUAUUAGAGUUCUUAGGAAGCGGACCGCACUGGAAUAUGGGAGUCCAAUUUUUUACAGAUACGUGCAAUAAGCAUUGGUGGAGCUCUUUGCUGUACAUACAAAACUAUGUCCACAGCGACAGUAUGUGCUUAACCCACACUUGGUACCUCAGCGUCGACUUUCAGUUGUACGUACUAUCUCCAAUAAUAUUGAUACCACUAUGGAAAUAUCCUAAAUACGGACUAGGCAUACUGAUAGCAGCAAUCCUUGCCUCUUUUGUAGUACUGUCCGUUAUCGUUUACCAUUACGAAAUACCGGCACUUAUGAUUUCACCAUUGAUGCUCACAAAAACUACAGAUUAUUCCGAAAAAUAUUAUUUAAAAACACAUACAAGAGCGACCCCCUAUUUGAUAGGCAUAUGCGCAGGGUAUAUUUUAUACAAAGUUAAAAGCAAUGAGGUACCUUUUCCGAGGCUGCCAAAGAUAGUGAUUUUGUCCCUUUGGGGAGCUUUCUUAGCAAUAAUGCUCGGUCUUGUAUUUGCUGGACACGAUACCUUGUUGGGAUUCGAGUACAAGGCUUUAGAUAAUGUCCUGUAUCUCACUUUCGUAAGACCAGUCUGGGCAAUCUGCAUUUGCUGGGUGACAUUAGCUUGCACGUGCGGAUAUGGAGGUAUAAUCAACACCUUCCUAUCUCACCCAUCUCUACAAGUGCUGAGCAAAUUUUCGUACAGCCUCUACUUGGUACACCUGAAUGUCAUUUUAAUAAAGACCUUCUCCCACAAAAGCGGCAUCUAUUUCAGUGACGUCAAUUUCCUAUACGAAUUCUGGGGCCACUUUGGAAUGAGCACCAUGUUGGCGGUCGUAUGGGUAUUAGCGUUUGAAUCUCCUAUUAUUGCGAUGGAAAAACAUAUUUUGAGACGGUGAUUUUAUCAAAUAUUUGGACUACUAAAUAUUUUAUUAUUCAUAAAGUGAUUUUUUGAUUUCACCUUAAACAUUUUUAAAUUCGAACUCUGUUUAAUGUCAUUAUUCAAUUUAUUAAAUUUGAAAUAUAGAUUUACUAGUUAUAGUACUAUUACAAUUUUGCAGAUGAAAAUCUAUACUGCCUCUAGUUUCGUAGUUAUGAUAAUGACUAUUUAAUUUUGUGAAGUUCUUUAAAUGUGGUGGUAAUAAAUGAUUUUUUAAUUUGAAUAUGAAAACAAGAACUAAAUAAUAUAUGAACAUUUUCGCAUACAACCACUGCAGUUCUUCUAACAUACACUUAAUCCUAGUAUAUUUGUUUUUAUUUAAAAUGAUUCUCAUAGCUUUAUUUGUCCUUCAAAAUGGUCGUCGAGGCCUUUUGGAUGGCCUAUUCGUCGGCAUACCGCUGUCCCUUCAUGGCAGAAAAUAGUCACACGGUGCCAUAUCAGGAGAAUAUGGGGAGUGGUUGAGUGGUUAAAAUGCCAUUUUUUGUCGAUCGAUGAGUGCAUUAGCGUCAGCUUCCUUCUUCAUGAUAUUCUGGCCGAAUACGCCUCAGCAAACGCUUCAUAACACCAAGAUAAAACACAGCAUUAAACGUUUGCCCCGAUGGAAGGAAUUCUUUGUGAAUAAAUCGUAGAAACAAAUCAACACUGUCUUCACUCUGGACUUUUCAAAAUGGCUUUUUUCGGAUUUGGCUUGCUUUCAGUGUUUGUCUAUUCGGCCUCUUUAAUGUUGAAUUCGAAGCAACUUUUGGUCAUCCGUGAGCUUGUGCGAACAAACCUUUCUCAUGCCCAAAUUCUUGGUCAAAAUGCGAUGGAUUGAAUUUUUAGAGAUAUUUCAUUCUCUUUCUAUGUAUCUCAAUCAUCAUUUUUGAUAAAUUCACGAACUUUUCCGCCAGUUUCUGACGUAGUCACAAAUUUUGGCUGGCCGACACGUACGUCGUGUUCCAGCAACUCACGACCCUCUUUGAACCGUGUAAACCACACGCGGACGCGUCUACGAGAUAAGCUGUCAUCACCAUACACUUGCCAGGCGCGGAUCCAGGGCGGGAGUUCGACCACCAAUUUUUAAAGUUCCGAAUCUCUUAGAUAAAUCUGUAAUGCACACAUAUUAAAUGGAUGCCGUACUGGUAUUUUCUACUAAACACUGGCAACACUGUAUCCGUCAACUAUGAUUUAACUGUAAGCUCAUAGAUGAUAGCGCAAGACUGGUUGCCUAUGCGGUCAGCUUGAUGUAUUAAAAACUUCUUCGCGCGCGCCUAAGCUGAGAGCAAAUUGGAUAAGAAAUACUUUUUGACCGACCAGUGGCGGAUUUAAGGAAAAGGGCCCGGUCGGCAAUAUGCACUGGGGGGGCGCAGUGGUAUGAUCGGAGACAGACGGCAAAUAGUGCGCACUAUGACUGUUUUGCGAAUAACGUAAAUUACUGCAAUUAUCGACAAAUAAAAUACGACAAUGGAAACUUUGAAAGUUGCAUGAUAACUCAGAAGUUAAUAUCAAAAUUCAAUGUGUAAUGUCAUGUUAGUGCCAUCGUACAUCAGCCUUGUUUUUGCAUUUAAUAGUGCGCACGGGUACGGGGCAGGUUGUAAUGCGCAUCGUAAUUUUAUGAAAUAAAUUAAACUUGAUGAUAUACUAUAGUCAGAAUCACGAAAGAUGACUAUUACGUCAUACCAUAAAUUGUACUGAAGUAAUCAUUGGACGUACGUCGAUGAUAAAAUCACGAUAUCAGGAAUAAUGACAACAAAUUUAUGUUAUGAUUUGGGAAGAUAGGUUAUUACACUGAUUAUUUUUGUUUUCAUUUUAUUUCAUGGUUUUGAGUUAUAAUAAUCUUAGUGCGGAGUUUUUGUUUUGAAAAAAACAGUUAUGAUUAGAAUACCUUAAGACAGCAACACCAAAGACCAAAGUAUUAUUCGACAACAACAUAACCUGCUACAACAUAACCUCUAACUAUUCAUCUUUCAAAUAUGAUCGAUCAUGC